AUGAAACCGAUUGAGGUGGAUAAUAAGAUCGUCGUUUCUGAGAGUGUGAUUUACUCUGAUUCUGCCAGUCAUUCACCCCCCUUUGGCGGUGUCGAUGGUUUUUCCUUUGUCUGGGACAAAACCCACCGUGACGGGAGUCUGAAUAACAACAGUUGGCCUCAAAGUUUACCCGGCAUUGGUCUGAGUCAGACCUGGGCCUUGGUGUGUAACUUUGACCUUUGUGAGUGUGUUGAGGUCGAAAAGGUUUUGGAGGCCUGGUUAACCACUCAUUUGGAGGCUUAUCGGAGCCUGAAAAUACACAAUCUGAAGCUUCGUUCAGCUCCAUGGGCAGUUAUUUUGUCCCCAUAG